AUGGAGGAAGAAGUCGCUGCGCUUGUCAUUGAUAAUGGAUCGGGGAUGUGUAAAGCUGGAUUUGCCGGUACGUCUAUGCUGUUUUACGCGUUUGUGACGCGUCGCGACGAUGCCCCGCGCGCUGUGUUCCCGUCGAUUGUCGGUCGGCCCCGUCAUCAGGGUGUGAUGGUUGGCAUGGGCCAAAAGGACUCCUACGUCGGCGACGAAGCACAGUCCAAACGCGGUAUCCUCACGCUCAAGUAUCCCAUCGAGCACGGGGUCGUGACGAACUGGGACGACAUGGAGAAGAUAUGGCACCACACAUUCUACAACGAGCUGCGCGUCGCACCUGAAGAGCACCCCGUGCUCCUCACCGAGGCACCGCUGAACCCGAAGGCGAACAGGGAGAAGAUGACGCAGAUCAUGUUCGAGACGUUCAACGCGCCCGCGUUCUACGUCGCCAUCCAAGCCGUACUCUCCCUCUACGCAUCCGGACGCACAACGGGAAUCGUACUCGAUUCCGGGGACGGCGUGUCGCAUACUGUGCCGAUAUACGAGGGCUUUGCGCUCCCGCACGCCAUUCUCCGGUUGGACCUAGCUGGGAGAGAUCUGACGGAGUAUUUGGUGAAGAAUCUGAUGGAGAGGGGGUACCCGUUCACGACGACGGCGGAGAGGGAAAUCGUCCGUGAUAUCAAGGAGAAGCUUUGUUAUGUUGCCCUUGAUUUUGAGCAGGAGCUCCAGACUGCCGCGCAGUCGUCGGCGUUGGAGAAGAGCUACGAGUUGCCAGAUGGACAGGUUAUUACAGUUGGGAAUGAGCGAUUCCGGGCGCCUGAGGCGCUGUUCCAGCCUGCGUUCCUCGGUCUCGAAGCUGCUGGUAUCCACGAAACAACCUACAACUCGAUCUUCAAAUGCGACCUCGACAUCCGACGGGACCUCUACGGCAACAUCGUGCUCUCAGGCGGAACGACGAUGUUCCCGGGCAUCGCGGACCGCAUGCAGAAAGAGCUCACGGCGCUCUCGCCGUCGAGUGUGAAAGUGAAGAUUGUAGCACCGCCUGAGAGAAAGUAUUCGGUGUGGAUUGGAGGGUCUAUUUUGGCUUCGCUGAGCACGUUCCAGAAUUUGUGGUGUUCGAAGCAGGAGUAUGAUGAGAGUGGGCCGGCGAUUAGUGCUUCUGAGCGAAACGAAAAAAUCGAUAUUCGAAUUCGACUCGAACUCGGAGUCGAACUCGAAGAUAUCACAUUAAUACCCCAUCACCCCAUCAUUGAUUAA